UGAACUAUAUUAUUUUCAUCCACAUAUCGUUAGUAGCAUGUACGUACAUAAAUGGAAUUCAGAAACUAUUCAGAAAAAAAUAAUUAAUUCAAAAAGGAAAAUGUUGUAAAAAUUAUCGUGAACUCAAAAAUUGUGUGCAUUCAAUUAAUUUUAGUGCAAAAUUUCAGUCGUUUUAAGUGGAAAAUAAUAAUACCAAAAAGAAAAGAACGAAAAGAAAAUUUAAUUUGAAUUUGAUUGCACUUUAGCAUUUAGAUUUUUUGAUUUUCGUAUAUUAAAGCCACAAGGAAAUGUUUCGGUAGAGAAGACUAUUUGCGAAUUGAAAUUUAUAUUAAAUUUGUAAUCUCUGUUUUUAAAUUAUGAAAUACGCUGUUUAAACAUUUAAAAGCAAUAAAUUCUAAGGUUUAAAUAAUUUGUAGUAAUAAGCAGAUGAUAUAAGUGCAUACACACAUAUGUAGUUACAAUAUUAUUUUUUUUAUCAUUGGUGAAAAUUUAAAUUCUAGAUUUUAAAAUUCAAAAUAUAAAAAGAUGACGCACAAAAAUUUUGUUAAACGUUUAGAAUUUUUAUUUUUUACAAUAUUUUUUAUAAAGUUUACAAUAAUCAAUGUGAUUGUAUUGACAAAUGGAGCCUUACUUCAAUAUCCGAAUAUAACAAAUACAGAAAUUAAUGAUACUGAUGAAGUUGUUGCUUUUGCUGCUACAGAAAUAAAGGAAUUUUUGAAUCAGGACAAUUUAACUGAAGCAGAAAUCGGCAUUAUCAAAACUAAUGAUGACUUAAUUUACGUCGAUAUAGGACAUGUUAAUAUAAGUCAUGAAAAAGUUAUGGCCGACAGUAAAGUUAAAAAUGAAGAAAUACAAAAUUUGACAAUAAAAAUGAUUGAGGAUGAUAAUAAAGCAAUUGUUGAAAUCGAUAAAAAAAUCACACUGGAGAAUGAGGAGGAGAUUGAAGUAACAUCGGUUUCACCGGAAGCCACCGAAAUACAAACAACACCAAAAGAAAUUAUACAAGCAGUAAAGAGUAAACAACCUAAUGAUGACCUGAUUAUUAUCAGAAAUGAUCAAAGUAGCCAAACUAUAACAGACUUAAUAGUAGAUGAUGAUUGCAGCAGUGAAGAAAAAUCAGAGGAAUAUAAAUACAUUGAGGACUCUUUAAAGAAUACCAAAAACCAGAUUAAUACAACUCAAAUCGAUUUCAGUGAUUUUAUUGCACUCAUACCGGCCGAUGAUGUUAGAGAUAUUUUUCGUUUAUACUAUAGAAAAGAUAAGGAAGUUCAAAGAGCCUACGCAUAUCUAAAUAGCAAAGAUUUUUUAGAGUUAAAAAAUAAAAUAUUGGCAAUAACAGAAGUAAAUAUUUUGAUAAAAUAUUUAAGAAAAUUCGGAUUUGAUAUAAUCAAUUUCCUGCAAACAAUAACAAAAUUAGUUGGUGACCCGGCUCAACCUAAAUUACGACAAAAUCAAUAUACAAAUUAUAACAUAACAAGUGUAUUGCAAAGUACAGAUGUAAAUAACCAUGUUGAGAGCGCAUCAAUAAAGAGCAUAGAAUAUGAUGAAAACCAAAAUUCAACAACAAUUAUAGAACAUGGUUUACAUGGACUUAUUGACAGCAUAUUGGAUAUAUUGCCUCAGGAUCAAAUAAUAUCACUUUUUUUUGAAAAACUUGAAACUAACUAUGAGUUUUCAAACUUAGUAAACAAUAUUGGUAACGAUGAAUUCAGUAGAAUAUUAAAAAAAGUUGAAAACUCAAUAGAGCUGAAGCAUUUAAUUUAUACUUUACAUAACAAUGGAAUUUAUGUCGAAAGGAUUGUAGAUUCACUUAAAGGUUAUUUUUUCCUAGGAUUUUGAUUUGGAAGAACAAGUAAUCACAAUUCAAUAAAAUAAAAAUUAUUCAAUUCACUUUGUAUGUUUUUUCUAAAGCAAAGUUUUGUAUUCGAUUUAAUUUAGUAAUUUAAGAUUUUAUGUUUGUACGUGCUCACCUAACUAUUGUAUAAUUCCUGUACAAUAUAAAACAUAAAUGCUGUAUAGUAUUUAUUCUUAUAAAACAGAAACUAAUUAAUCAGAACGUAUAAAACAGAUUUAGUCAUGAAUAUUGUUUUUAAAACUUUCUUUACUGAAAAACUAUGUAUACAAGGUUACAAACUAGUAUAAAUAAAGGAAUAGUAUGUAUGUAUAAAAAAAGUGUAAAACUGAAACAACAGUGAAUUAAACUUUUAAUUAUUUUUACUUUUUAGCGCACUACUGGUAAGGAUGCCUAAAAUUAUGCUAUUUUCCAAAAUAUUAGGUAAAAAAUGGAAUUUGCUAAGAAAAAAAGAGCUUAGAAUUUUUUUUUCAUUUCUCUGGAAUAACAUAUUUCUUGUAUGGGACCUAUAAUUAAAAUUAAUUAAAAAUUAAAAAAGAAAGAUGUUUUAAGUAAAAUUAUGAAUGAAAGUUGUCAUAAAAAACUGAAAACAAACGUAAAGUGAUCCAAUUGUAUAUUUCAAAUUACUCACAAACUGAAGUUUCGUUAAAUUUUGAAGCAAUUUUCAUUUUAUACGGGAAUCCGGAUGUGUAUAAAGUUUUAUUUGUUCAUAGAUAUAUUAUGUAAUAAUCAAAUUCGCACUUACAAGAGAGUUUUCCCUCUGAGUACCUACCACUCAAAAUUUUCUUAAAGGCCAUAAGUUCUAUCGAAUUUCAAUUAAGUAAAAAUGUAUUUAAAUAUAAAAAAAUACCUUUAUGUAAUAAAAAUAAUUAGUAAUACAGGUGUUCAAGCUUUAAAUUAAUUUAAUUUUUCAAGAACUUAUUAACAACUAAGAUUUUUUCAGAAUUUAUACAGAAUUUUAUAAUAAUGAGAUUAAUAUUUCAAUAGAUUGUUUUAUUACUGAAGCCAUAAUGUACAAACUUUAGACUUAAAUUCUUAAAUGGAAAAGUUUUCGAUGUAAUCGUGUAUCUCGCUUUUUUAUCUCACUUUUUAUUCACUUUCUUAUCGGAAUUCUCUCUUUUUCUAAUGGAUAUUUCAUU